AUGACGUCCAUUAAAAAAGCGGAGGUCGAGUUUAGUGCUUCCCCACCGUUUGGUUUGGACUCAUUGGAACAAAACGAAAUGCUGGUUUCAGCUCGCACAUCGUUGGCUACAAGCGUGGAGCUAGACUUAAGUGUAACUGCGACGAAACUUGAUACAUUGUUCAAAAAUAUAACGAUCAACUUGGAUCGAGAAUUCAUCGUUCCAAUAGAGGGAUUUGAUGGAUUUUGCAGUAAUCCGUCCACCAUGACCUUACUACACGGCAAGCAGCUGAAUUCGAAAGGUGAUGAUGUUGGGGCAUCAGAAGGUGAUCUGAUUGUGAUUAUCGGACCAGCAACACUACUCACAAAGGAGUCAACGAAUCCGGAAAUAAUUCAGAUGACCUUACUACGUUGCAAGCAGCUGAAUUCGAAAGGUGGUGUUUGGGAACUAAGCGUUGGUGUCAACUAG